AUGUCCAGUCAAACCAAGGCCUCCAACAUAGAGAAUGGAGCAGCGCGGAGUGAGAACAGGGGGCAAAGGCUCAGAGUGUGUAUCUCCUACCGCACAGGUGGAGUAGUGGGCUCAGAUGCUGUGAUGCUCAGGUUCCUGGGUCAAGCUCGCCAUCGAUUUGGUUCAGGAUACCAGAAAAGACCUGGCCUUGUGGCAGACAGAGACCAGCCCUGUGGAGGCAUCACAGGUCAGGGAGUGGAUAGAGUCAGAUUUAAGCAGGAUGUUUGGCCCAGAGCGCUGAAUCUCCAGACGAGCCCCGGAGGCUGCUGCAGGCUGAGGUCCGCUGUACUAGCAUCUGCCUCCUCGCACUGA